AUGAUGAUGAUGUCCUUGAACAGCAAGCAGGCGUUCAGCAUGCCGCACGGCGGCGGCCUGCACGUGGAGCCCAAGUACUCGGCCUUGCACAGUGCCUCGCCCGGGUCCUCGGCACCCGCGGCGCCCUCCGCCAGCUCUCCCAGCAGCUCGAGCACUGCCGGCGGCGGCGGCGGGAGUGGCGGGGGCGGUGGAGGCCGGAGCAGCAGCUCCAGUAGCAGUGGCAGCAGCGGCGGCAGCGGCGGGGGCUCCGAGGCGAUGCGGAGAGCGUGUCUUCCAACCCCACCGAGCAAUAUAUUCGGCGGGCUGGAUGAGAGUCUGCUGGCCCGCGCCGAGGCUCUGGCGGCGGUGGACAUCGUCUCCCAGAGCAAGAGCCACCACCACCCGCCGCACCACAGCCCCUUCAAGCCGGACGCCACCUACCACACCAUGAACACCAUCCCCUGCACUUCGGCUGCCUCCUCCUCGUCCGUGCCCAUCUCGCACCCGUCCGCGCUGGCGGGCACGCACCACCACCACCAUCAUCACCACCACCACCACCAUCAGCCGCACCAGGCGCUGGAGGGCGAGCUCCUGGAGCACCUGAGCCCCGGCCUGGCGCUGGGGGCCAUGGCGGGCCCCGACGGCGCCGUGGUGUCCACUCCCGCUCACGCGCCGCACAUGGCCACCAUGAACCCCAUGCACCAAGCUGCUCUCAGCAUGGCCCACGCGCACGGGCUGCCCUCGCACAUGGGCUGCAUGAGCGACGUGGACGCCGACCCCCGGGACCUGGAGGCGUUCGCCGAGCGCUUCAAGCAGCGACGCAUCAAGCUGGGGGUGACCCAGGCCGAUGUGGGCUCCGCGCUGGCCAACCUCAAGAUCCCCGGCGUGGGCUCGCUCAGCCAGAGCACCAUCUGCAGGUUCGAGUCCCUCACUUUGUCUCACAACAAUAUGAUCGCGCUCAAACCCAUCCUGCAAGCGUGGCUAGAGGAGGCGGAGAAGUCUCACCGCGAGAAGCUCACCAAGCCCGAGCUCUUCAACGGCGCGGAGAAGAAGCGCAAGCGCACGUCCAUCGCGGCGCCAGAGAAGCGGUCGCUGGAAGCCUACUUCGCCAUCCAGCCGCGGCCCUCCUCCGAAAAGAUCGCCGCGAUCGCCGAGAAGCUGGACCUUAAGAAAAACGUGGUGCGCGUCUGGUUCUGCAACCAGAGGCAGAAACAGAAAAGAAUGAAAUACUCCGCUGGCAUUUAG